GCGGUGGCGUCCAGGGCCUGCGCUGGGGACGGCCGGCCGGCGCCUGGGACCCGGAGGGACUCUGGUGCCGGGACAGCAUGUGACACUGCCCAGGAAAUGCAGUCGAGAUGUGAGGCUGUGAGGAUAGCAGGAUUCAGCCCCGAUGGAGGCUGCGGAGCCCCGGAGUGGAGCACCGGGUCCCAUUCCUGUGGCAGAAUUCAGUGAUAUCCCUGAAGCUCUUAUGAGAAGCAGCCAGCCGCUUGCCGUGGGGCCCGAAGCUCAGGAAGGCCGGGACCCAUCCUGUAAGUGGACAGAGGAACGCAGGCUCUGGGAGACCCAGCAGAGAGAUGAAAGAGAUGUGAAUGACUGUGCAGCUGAGAGUAUGACAUCUUUCCCCAAGGAAGCCCCUUCGGAUGUGGAGACCAAACAGGAAAACCUUAUGGCCGAGGCCUGGGACACCCCAGACUGCCAGGAGGCAGUGCCCAGGAGCCUGGCAGACAGACAGGCAAGGACGCCAGCUCCUCCAGAGCGCUGGGCCUGCCCUGUCCAGGGUAAACUUCUGGACAUGGCCCCACUAUGCAGCGAACUGCGCAGCAGAUUGGAGGUGGAAUUCAGACCAGAAUUCCCUUCUUUGAUGUUGGGGACUGGACAAGCAGCAGAGAAAGAAGAAGCUUCUCCAGAUGCUUCUGCUCGGGCCAGAUGUUCAUCUUCCUGUGAAGAGCACCUUGUAGAGACCGACUUGCUGCAGGAGUCUGAAAGUGGGGCUGCCAGGCAGGGCCAAGAGCUGCAGGAAAGUCCAGGGAAAGAAAGGCUUGUGUGUCCCCAGAAGGCCAAGGGUCAGGAGGUGCAGGGACAAGAAGAGAGGGAGGCUGUGUGUUCUGAGGGGCUUCUAAGGGAGCGGGAAUGGAUAGGGGAGCAGGUUAAUGGUACACAGGGAGGACAGAUGCAAGAUGAUAUGGUGCUUGCAAAACAAGGAGAAAGGGAGGGGCCUAAUGAGGAAUUGGGAGGUGUAAAUUGUGAUGAGUGGGAGGGAAGGACUCGGGGCCAGGAAGAUCUGGAAGUGGGUGAACAGAAGAAGAGGGAGGUGAGGGGGCCUGAGGAGAGUAGGGUGGGUGCUCAGUGUCAGGAGUAUCAAAGCUUAGCCAGGAGGUCAGUGAACGUACCUGGAAGGCAAGAACGUCAAGGGCUGCCAGGGACACUAAAGCUGGAGGAGGAGGCAGAAGAUUGGGAUGGGGCUGCAUUGGGGAGAGUGGGAGGAGAGAGGAUUUCAGAGGAGGGGGAAGAGCAUGAUGGUCUUCCCAUACUGGCCCCCAAGGUUUAUUCUUCCUGUGACUUGUUACCAGAUGCUUGUAAUGCCAGGAUUCCUGGUUCUCAGGCAGAGUUGAGGGCUGAGGAGCUUUGUCCCAUAGCUCAGACUCCUUCCCUGGAGCCUAUAGUAGGUUCCUGUCAGUCCAGUCCUUCACCUAGCUUCUUUCCUGAUGGGGGGUCACGAGCUCAAGAAAUAGCUCAGGACCCUCAGCCAGAGGGUUCCCAGCUGGGGACAGGGGCAGCAUCCAGUGGGAGGCCCCGGGUGGCCUCAGCCAGUGCACCUGAGACAUCUCCAAACUCACCAGAUUCAGCUCCCUCCACAUCUGCCAAAGUCUCCUCCAGCAGAGCCACCUUGCCGGCUGCCAGCCCCCCGAUUGCCAUCCCUAGGACAAAAGUCUCUCUGGAUGCAUAUUCUCCAGAAACCUCCAGGGCCUCUUUCCCCACCGACAUCCCAUCUUCCUGUGGGGCUUCUGAGACUCUCCCGGCGGCCCUCCCCGGCUCCCCCUCUGCUGAGGCUACCAUGGACCCACAUGGCAGCUCCAACGGGGCCAGUCCACAAAGCCCCCUCGCUGACUUCACAGGGGCCAGUCAGCACCUAUUGAGCAACUCCUUCCCGGGCUCUCACAGGACACAGCUGACCCCGGACCUGGUGGGACGAUCACUUUCCUUCUCUCAUUCUGAGUUGCCUCAGAGACCUCCCAAACAUGCCAUCCAUGUCUCUGUGAUCCCAAGAAGGGACAGGAAAAGCAGUAGGGACUUCAACGUUAUUCCAGAAUUCCCUAGUUCAUUGUCCACUCUGGGGCACGACUCUGGAGACUUCACCUCUGAUCCACACAGGCCCGGCAGUCCCCACAGCAGCCAGCCAUGGGGCUCCCCACAUAAUUCAGCCUUCGCCCAAGGGUCUCCUGUGUAUGGCUCUUCACCGCCUCCUGUCUUCGUAGAUACAAGGCUGAAUGAACCUCCACCUCCUGCUCCUCCAAAGAAGAGGCACGUCCACCCUUCUGCGGUGGAGAGAGACAGCCAUCUCAGUGCAGCGGUCCCCACGCUGAGGCACUGUAGCUACCCUCCAUUGGCCCUAAGUUCAGGGCUAUGUGGCCCCCCCAAAGUUCCACUUCCUGAAAUUCCUGACCCCCAUGUGGCAAGGCAAUACCGACCUCUGCCCUCUACUCCAGACGACUCCCACCAUAGUCAGACUUCUUUCUCCCAAAGGUUGAGAUACAACAAGCCAUUACCCCCAACUCCUGAUUUGUUUCAGCCCCAGCAUUCUCCCGUUUCUCAUAAUAGCACAAGGAUCUACAGGCCUCUACCCCCUGUUCCUGUCAUAAAUCCCCUCAACGAACCACCACCAUUACCCCCGAAGGCCAGAGGGAGGAACAAGAGCAUUCAGGGAGCACUCACGAAUUCAGGGGGUCAAGCCAAGCCAAGGCCUGUUGGUCAAGAGUGGGCAGCAUCUAGUUCCCACUCUGGAGGACGUACCUCUUGGCCCCCAGCCAUGGGCAGAUCAACAGACUCUUUGGCUUCCACCAGUAGGAGAAAGAGUGAAAUAUCCCCUGACAUUGCUUUCAGCAACAUGACAAGCCUUCCAAGUCCCUCUUCCCCAACCUCGCCCUGGACUGUGGGUCUCCAGGAACCCAUCUCUGAACCAGGGCACUCAGAAGAGUCAGAGGCCUCUGCCAAGAGAUCUUUGAGAAGAAUGGACCCUCAGGAAGGAGCCAAUGGCCUGAGGAGGUCGGCUGUAGGUCGAACAAAGCAGACUGAAAAACCCAGCCAUCCCCACCUGGAGAAGGCAUCCAGCUGGCCCCACAGGCGGGACCCAGGGAGACCACCGCAGGACAGUGCUGGACAGGCUGCCAUCUCUGGUGAGGGCUCCAGUAAGCACAAGGGCUGGCAUCGGCAAGGUCUGCGCAGACCUUCCAUCUUACCUGACGGCUCUUCAGAUACAAGAGGCCCCACCACAGAAAAGCCUCCUGGCCCUUCAGACACCAUUGUUUUUCGGGAGAAAAAGCCAAAGGAGGUGAUGGGAGGCUUUUCAAGACGCUGCUCAAAGCUCAUCAACUCCUCCCAGCUGCUUUACCAGGAGUACAGCGAUGUGGUUCUGAACAAGGAGAUUCAGAGCCAGCAGCGGCCGGACAGCUUGGCAGAGGCCUCUGGGCCCCCCUCCCCCCGGCAGCCCCGAAAGGUCCUGGUGUCCUCAGAGUCUUACCUGCAGCGCCUAUCCAUGGCCUCCAGGAGCUCCCUCUGGCAGGAGAUCCCUGUGGUGCGCAAUAGCACUGUGCUGCUCUCCAUGACCCACGAAGACCAAAAACUUCAAGAGGCCAAAUUUGAGCUGAUUGUGUCAGAGGCUUCCUACCUGCGCAGCCUGAACAUAGCUGUGGAUCACUUCCAGCAUUCAGCCCAGCUUCGGGCCAUCCUUUCCAACCAAGACCAGCAGUGGCUCUUCUCUCGCCUACAGGACGUGCGUGAUGUCAGUGCCACGUUCCUUUCAGACCUGGAGGAGAACUUUGAGAACAACAUCUUCACCUUCCAUGUGUGUGAUGUAGUCCUGAACCAUGCCUCCCACUUCCGUCGUGUCUACCUGCCUUACGUCACCAACCAGACCUACCAGGAACGCACCUUCCAAACUCUGCUGAGCACUAACAGCAGCUUCCGUGAGGUCCUAGAGAAGCUGGAGAGUGACCCCAUCUGCCAGCGCCUGUCCCUCAAGUCCUUUCUGAUCCUGCCAUUCCAGCGCAUCACCCGUCUCAAACUGCUGCUCCAGAACAUUCUGAAGAGAACACAGCCUGGAUCCUCAGAGGAAGCAGAGGCCACAAAGGCACACCAUGCCCUGGAGGAGCUGAUCCGAGACUGCAAUAACAACGUCCAGAGAAUGCGCCGGACGGAGGAGCUCAUCUACCUGAGCCAGAAGAUUGAGUUUGAAUGCAAAAUAUUCCCGCUCAUUUCACAGUCACGCUGGCUGGUGAAGAGUGGCGAGCUGGCUGCCCUGGAGUCCAGUAUCUCCCCAGGACUGCGAAGGAAACUGAACACGCGUCCAGUCCACCUUCAUCUCUUCAAUGACUGUCUGUUGCUGUCUCGGCCCCGAGAGUCAGUGAUUGGAAUGGGAGGCCAGAGCACAAGAGGAAAAUGGGAGAGGGGUGGCCGAUUCCUGGUGUUUGACCAUGCUCCCUUCUCCUCUAUUCGGGGGGAAAAGUGUGAAAUGAAGCUACAUGGACCUCACAAAAACCUCUUCCGGCUCUUCCUGCUGCACAAUACGCAGGGCACCCAGGCCGAGUUCCUCUUCAGCACGGAGACUCAAAGUGAAAAGCUCCGAUGGAUCUCUGCCUUGGCCAUGCCAAGAGAGGAGUUGGACCUUCAGGAGUGUUAUGAUUCCCCACAAGUGCAGUGCCUUCGAGCCUACAAACCUCGAGAGAAUGAUGAGUUGGCUUUGGAGAAGGCAGAUGUGGUGAUGGUGACUCAACAAAGCAGUGAUGGCUGGCUGGAGGGCAUGAGACUCUCAGAUGGAGAGCGAGGCUGGUUUCCUGUGCAGCAGGUGGAGUUCAUUUCCAAUCCAGAGGUUCGUGCACGGAACCUGAAGGAAGCCCAGCGAGUCAAGACGGCCAAACUACAGCUGGUAGAACAACAGACCUAGCUGUUCUCUGGAAAGACUCCCGUGAGCUUAAGGACAAGUUGUUCUUGGAGAGGGCUGGCCCUACAACCCUGCAACAGGCCUUCUGUGGACCAAGAACUAGACCUUCUGAGAGCCCAAGAACAAAAUCCAACUACCAGUCGCUAGACACUACCCUGCUCUCCCACCGCCUCCAUUUUUGUGCUUUGUGCUUGGUUGGGGAUUUUGAGGGACUUUGCACCAGACUCUGGAAACAUGUUCUCAUAGGAAAAGGAUCCAGUGGGGCCUACACGAAGGAACUAUACUUCUACCAUUUAGUACUUAAGCAUUCUCUUCCAGAGUGCUGAUCCAGAGCUGGCCAGAGUAUCCAUUGUGGAUAUGGUAAACAGAAUCUGACUAAAGGGAGAAGUUUAAGAGGGAUUACCAUGUCAGCUGGGAGGGUCAACCUGGUGACUACUAAAGUAUCUUCCAAUCCUAAUGAUUUUCCAUGAUUGUUGGUAUGAGGUAGUGCAUGCGCAACUCGGGUCUACUGGUGGCAAUGUGAGGGGGAUUCUCUCACUCUAAUAAACUUGGCACUACUC